AUGAGCUCUCCAAAGAAAAAUGAAGUCGCAUAUCUUCAAACGAUUCCUCGUGAAUUGAUGGCGCUUAUUCUGUCUCGAGUUGCAGCAUCUUUCGCAACUGACAUCUCUAACAUUAAGCUAAGUUGUAAAGGAUUCAGUGAAAUUGCCGAAGAUUUGCACUUCUAUCGGCAUGCAACUUUAGAGAAGUUCCCAAUUAUUGAAUGGAGUCCACUAUGCGAGAAGAAACAACGGUUUCUAAAGAGAUGCAAAGAAAGCUUUAAUCCUGAGAUUUGGUAUAGAGAAGCACUGGUGGAUUUUUUCGACAAGGGAGACAAUGCACUAGCUCUCCGAAAAUUCACCAAGGCGGCUGAAGCAGGGCACAUACAAGCCCUAUACUCUUGUUGCACUGUGAUGAUUUUAAGCGGGAACAAGAGCGGGAUCGAGAUGAUGGCCAAAAUGAAGAAAGAUGGAACAAGAGUGAGAUGGUGUUGCAGAAAACUGAUAGAGGAACUGAGCCAAAUAUGGGUGUCGAAUCCAUUGCUCAGUCAGCCACAGUUGAUUUGUGGGGAACACCACAGGCGAACAAAUAACAGUCCCAGGGAAGACGAAGAAGAAGAUGAGCUGUUCUAG